AAAGUCACAAGCUAAAAAACAUCACUAGCUAAUUAACAUCCUUCUGAAAAUGGCUCAAAGAGCUUACUCUUUCUUUGCAUUUCUUCUCAUUUUCAAUAUCCUCCUUGUCACAACAUGGCAAGCAAUUGCUGGUCGCAGCAUUGCUAACCACGAUAAGAAAGAGCCCGAGUUUUUGUUCAAGCAUGAAUAUGGUAAAAAAUUUCAUUAUCCAAGCAUUGGACAUUUUGGAUUUCCACCAAAGUUUGGGCUUACUCCUAAUAACCCAUAUAGUGGUGGCAUCGGAGGAGGAGGAGGAUCGGCAUCAGGAGCAGGAUCGGCAUCAACAGGUCGUCGUUAUGUUCCUGGUAACGAUGACACGUUUGUUCCAAACCCGGGCUAUGAGGUUCCAAUCCCCGGCGGUGGUGGUAGAGUUGCAUCGGUUCAUCCAUGAAUUAACUCAUGCAUUAAUGCAAUAAUAGCUAGACCUAGUUUGUGAGUUUAUGAGCUUUUGAUGCUUAUUAAGAUCGUUUUUCCUUAUUUCUAGCCAUAAAAAUAAGUGUGCUACUUCUAGGUACACACACUAGUGGCUUGUUACUUGAUAAGUAAGUUUCUUGUUUCAUGUUUUCUAGUUGGUUUAAUUGAAUAUUAUUCGAGUUUGAUUGAUCUUUAAA